AUGAAGGACUGGAGCAAGCAGACCGUCGUCCAGCUCAAAGCGGAGUUGAAGCGCAGAGGACUCGGUGUCGCCGGCCUUAAGCAGGAACUUGUUGAUCGCCUUGCAGAAAGCGACAAUGAAGCUGCGUCCCAAAACCCAGAGGCAUCCCCAGAGCCUGUACUGGCUGAGAGCCCCAAGACCGAGGCGGACGAGGCUGCAGAGGCGCCUGCCGAAACCACCCCCAUCGACACCACUCCCAAAGAUGUCCCCAUCGCCGAAACCGGGAUCAAAAUUGCUGGAGUAGUCGAAAAUGUCCCGCAAGCCACCGACGAACAAACGGCCACCGAGCCGGACGAGCAAGACACGACCGCGACCGUUCCAGAGUCAAUCGCAGCAGCAGACCCUACACCUCCUGCUCCUGCCGAGAUAGCGCAAGAUGCGCAAAAACGGAAACGUCGAUCAGAGAGUCCAGUCGAAUCAUCCGAAUUGGUCUCUCGCAAGCGCGCCAAGGCAGACCAGGACCGCGUCGACGCGGCCAACGACAACGAUGCCGAGGGCUCGGACCAAUCUGGCAUCGCCGCGAUCGUGGGCCAAGUCACGGAGGGCGUCAAGGAAACCUUGAAAGAGAGCUUGGAGGGCGGCACUAGUCUCGUUGACGACAUUGCGAAGGAUGCAAUGGACAUCUCAGAGAACAUCACCGAUGCUAUGGAUCAAGACCAGCCGCCGACCGAUGCAGACGGCGAGAAUACGGCAAUGGUGACAGAUGAUGGCGACAUCCACGAUAGAGCGAACGAAGGCCAUGCUGCCAACGCUGAAGCCUGGGAGGAAUCCAGAAAUAUUGACCACACGCCCGAGCCAGCGCACCAGAGCAUAAACCGUCAAGAUGGCGACGAUGAUAUCGUCAUGGAUCACGAGAGAACCGUUGAAGCAGCCAGGCACUAUGCCACCGAAUCCCUCUACAUCAAGAAUCUUAUGAGGCCUCUUAAAGAGGACACGGUGCGCGCACAUCUGGUGGAGCUGGCGGCUCCUAUCGAUGCAGAGCCUAACAACAACGAUAUCGACGUUUUUUACCUCGAUCAGGUCAAGACCCACGCUUUUGCCAUCUUCAGCUCCGUUACCAAGGCUUCACGCGUUCGAAACGCCCUGCACGGCGUCCGCUGGCCUGAUGAAAGCAACCGCAAAGAGCUGUGGGUGGACUUCGUCCCAACGGACAAGAUACAGCUUUGGAUUGACGAAGAGCAGGCUCAAAGCCGCGACAGAAGUAUCCGCUUCGAAGUUCUGUACGACGAGGAUGGUGUCGCUCGUCUAGUCUCGGGAUCCGCAGCUCAACCCGCACGACCAGCCCCUGAGCCAACCAGGCUUGCACCUUCCGGCCCCGCGGUCAAGGACGUGAACAAUAUCCCCCUUGGUCCCCGUGGUGGUCUAGGGACACAAGGUGCGCCUUCGGGGCCCAGAGGGGAUGCGCAGCGCGGACCUGGCCCGAGACCUCCGCGACAGAUUCAGGGCUUCCCCGGGGGCGCCGUUCAAACCACCCGUGCCAGCCCACCGAUAUCCUUCCAGCCUGUCUCGGACGACCUGGGCGCUAGGCGUAUCAGAAAUAUGCGAUCUCACUAUACUACUGAGAUCGGUCGCGACAUGGGUCCCGAGACCGACAUCAACCGCUACACCUUCGAGAAUGGUGACAAAUUUGUCGACCGCGGCAAAGAGAACUUUGUGGGAAUUCGCCCCCCACACCGUGAAGGCGACCGACGUCGACAGAUGGCUGGUGGGGCACCACCGCCCAGGGGACCGCCCCCUUCAUCGCGUGGCGGCAGGCGCGGCGGUAACGGUCGCCGUGGAAAUCGCAUGGUAAGCGACAGGUACCUGCCCGGCAUCAACGAGGGUGGCCCUUACAGACAGGGUGAUCGCGGAAACUUUGGACCUCGCCCCGACAACGGUCGUCGCUUCCGCUCGGACGACCGCGACGGUUGGUACUAG